UCAAUUGACUUCUAUCAUCACGACUAACACAGUAACAUCUACCCAUAAUAGCCAUCAUAGCUUCACGCACAGCAUCCCGCCGCCUUUCGCGCUUUCUACGCACCAUGUCUACCACCGCACCCUCAGCAUCGGCCCUCCCGCCUGCGCCAUGGAAGUCCCUGUUCAGCGAGCACAUUUCCAAGAUGAAGUCGCCUGAAUUCGUGUUGGGAACGCUCGAUGCAGCGCCCAAGGGCUCGCCUACACCCUUCAUGCCCCGCGUGCGAUACUGCAUCCACCGCGGUUUCUGGGCUGAGCUACCAGAGAACAAGCACAACGAUGCGGAGCGCAAUCCACAAGUCUACCAGAGCGAUUGUCCAACAUUUACAACGGAUGUUCGCAUGGAGAAGGUCGGACAGAUAUUCGCGACAAGUGCGGGGCACGCUGAAAGCAGCGAACAAGUGCAGGGCAGUGGUGGUGGAGGCCCUGUAGAGGCUGUGUACUGGAAUGCUGAUACUGGUACACAAUGGCGGAUCAAGGGAAGGGCAUUCAUCAUUGCACCCGAUAUUGAGGGUGAUGACGAGAGCAGUGGUGUGAGGACUGUCAAGAGCGAGCUGGGAAAGAGAAUGAGGAUCGUCGAUGAGGGCAAGGAAGGCGACUUUAGCUGGCAGAGGGAGCUGACUGGUUUCUUUGGUAACCAAAGUCCUGGCAUCAAGGGCUCAUUCAAGAAUCCUCCACCCGGCCAGCCAACCUCCAAACCAUUCGACGACAAGAACCUUGCCCUUGGCUCAAAGGUCGAUGAUUUACAAGACCCUGUGGCACGCAAGAACUUCCGCCUUGUGGUGAUUGUUCCGGACUCGGUAGAGCAGACCGAUCUCAGCGACCCUGCAAAGGCACGGAGAUUUAGAUAUACAUUCGACGAGAGCGCAAAGGCCAACGCUGGAUGGAGGACUGAGGAGCUCUGGCCGUAGAAGCGCUAUUGAACGGCACGCAUGAAUAUGGUUUCGAAAAAGUUCUAGUAUUUCGAAUGUUCGAAACAAUACCACGAGUUCCCAGGCAUUAUUCGGUGCCUUGAUCGGGCCGAGCGUAUGUUGUGCUGUGUAAAUCGUUUGU